UGUACCGACUAUGACCUGGAUUAUGGAACUGAAUGUUUGCAUUUGGCUCUGAAAUACUGUAAAACAAAUGCCAAACUUGUUGAAGGAACAGCUAACCUCUGGAAGGUGACCUACAAGCGGGAUCUGUAUGCAGCUGAAUCGAUUAUUAAGGACAACCUAUCACAACAAGUUUGUGUUAUUACUGAUGUGAAGGAAGCUGUUGCACAAGUAGGUUUUCUCCUUCAUGAAUCUCUGAAAAACCAAAUAAAAGUUGAAGCUAUAUCAGUAUCUCGAAGUGAAACUGAUAGCCAGCUACAAAACAUCUUUUCAGGACAGUGCUACAAUUUUGUUUGCAUAAAUGAUAAAAAGUAUGCCAUUCAAGAAACCCAGAAACUAGUGGAUAUGUUGGAAAAAUCAAAUAUUCCUCUUUUAUAUCCAGUUGUCCUUAUUUCAGUGCACUUGGAUAUUUCUGAAAAUAUUUCUUUCAGUAUUGGGAUGGAAGAGCUUACUAGGAUUCAGAAAUUUGCAAGGGAAGUGAAAAAGAAAAACAUUUUGGUAUAUGGUCUCCUUAUCCAAUAUAAGGAACAUUUGCUGAUUCAGGAGACGGUAAAUUCUGCUGUUGCUCUUAUCGUGGCAUUAAUAAAGGACAGAAACCCGGAGCUGAUUGGACAGCUGUUGGUAGCAUAA